AACUCCCCUCAAUGCGGAAACCUUCCACUCUCACGCACCUUCCCACGCGCAAAGACGCACAAUCUCACCGCUUGGCUCAAAAGCGUUGGCAUGAUCUCACCUGCACUGCACGCACGCAAUGCACAUGCGCGAUUGGGAAAAGGAUCGGCCGCAAUAGGCAUAUGCGCCAGCGCAACCGCCCGCGCACACCCUGCAAACCUUGCGCAGCGAAGGUUUCGCCCUUCCCCUAAGAGAGACACUGCAUGUGCCCGCGGGGGAAUGGUACGCGCGUGCGUGCGUGCUUCCCCUGCCCUGCCCUGCCCGUUCUCGCUCGUUGCCGAAAUCACACCAUGGCUCGUUGGGGUGACGAGUGAUGCCCUUGCUCGCAUGGAACGUGGUGUGAUGAAAUUCCCACGUGCCGACCUAGACUGUUGCCGAUCGGCGAUCGGCAGGGACGAGGGAGCGUUGUGCUUCUGGCCGGGUCUAGAGCGCGCGACGACUUCAGCUCCUCCUGGGUGUUGCCAGUUGGGAGCAUAUCCUGAGCGAUGCGAGAGAUAUGGUGGUGGAAGUGGCAGGAGAUAGAGGCUAGUAGUAUCGGACACCUUGGCGGGGGUAUUCGUGGGUUUCUGAGGGGCGUAUGAGUGUCAUUGCUUGAUUUCCAAUAGAUGGCUUGCAGCGAAGCCGAUGCAUCGCUCUGAACCUUCUCAAGCCUCGGAGUCGUUGUGGAGGCCUGCCCCCGUCCUUCCAUCGUUCACCCUUAUAAUUUGAUUCGGAGAAUGCCUGCCCCAGUUCUUCGUCGACAGUUGCAUUUGCUUGUGCCCCGGCAUAGAUGGUGGAGAUUAGACGCGUCAAAACGGCGCUGUCAACCUAUA